CCUCUGCCCGCCCGCCCCGCGGCCAUGGUGCGGCGGCUGCGCUACCCGGAGCGGAAGCUGCUGCGGCGGCUGUCGCUGGUGAGCUGGGAGGCGGCGGGCGGCCUGGCCGAGGUGCGGGCGCUGCGGCGCUACCGCCUGGGCCGCCGGGAGGACUGGGCUCGCUACAAGGCGCUGGCCCGGGCCGUGCGGGGCCUGGCCCGCCGCCUCCGCGACCUGGGGCCGCCCAGCGCCGCCUUCCGAGCCCGCUGCACCGCCGCCCUGCUGGGCAAGCUGUACGGCCUGGGGGUGCUGGGCUCCCGGCGCUCGCUGGCCCUCUGCGAGAAGGUGUCGGCCGCCUCCUUCUGCCGCCGCCGCCUGCCCUGCGUGCUGCUGAAGCUGCGCAUGGCGCAGGACCUGCGGCACGCCGUCACCUUCGUGGAGCAGGGCCACGUGCGCGUGGGGCCCGACGUGGUGACCGACCCCGCGCUGCUGGUGCCGCGCGCCGUCGAGGACUUCGUCACCUGGGCCGACGGCUCGCGCCUGCGCCAGAAGGUCCUCGACUACAACCAGGAGCGGGACGACUUCGACCUGGCCGCGUAG